GUGUGUUUGAAACACGCCUAGUCUGUCGAAAAAGAAAAAUGCGCAUAUUGCCAUCUCGUUUGUGUGCGAUCCUUUUGGAAUAGAUAUCCACGCGUAAAUAACCAUUUAUUCGUUGAACAAUAAACACUUGAUUCAAAAUAAGCAUUUUUAAUUUGAUUUGAUUCCGUUUUAGCGAAGCAAGGCCUCAGGUUGUUUAUCUGGUCUUUACUUUAGGACGGCGAGGAUAACCAGCCUGCCGCUCUCCUUCCACACUGAGCCCAAGCCUAUACUGACUGGGUCCUGAUUGUGACAAAUAAGUUCCCUGGGCACCGCAGGAGAGAUGGCAUCAGUGAAAGAAAGCAGUCAAACUCUCCGGCUGAAUAUCAUCACAAAAGAUAUAGAAGAGGAAGUGAAGAUUUGGGAAUGCGAUGAUUACGCAGAAGAGAGUCCAGAGAUGGCGUCAGUGAAGUUGGCAGACAGCAGUCAAACACUUGGGCUGAAUGUCACCUUUAAAGAAGAGGAGAAGGAUGACUUUGGGGAAUCUGAUCAUGGAGAGACCCCUAACUCCUCUGACAAAGUUGAGACAUUUCCUGCUUCAGUCAAGCAUCGUCGGAAAGUGAGCAAAGUGAAGAGGUCUCACCACUGUCCCCACUGUGAGAAGAUUUUCCCGUUCCUUUCAUAUCUUGAAAGACACGUGCGAAAACAUUCUGGAGAGAAGCCUUACUCUUGCUCUGACUGUGGGAUGAGUUUCUCCCAACUGAGUGGCUUGAAUGUGCACCAGCGAACACACACUGGAGAGAAGCCUCACCACUGUCCUCACUGUGAGGAGAGUUUCCCAUUCCCAUCAUAUCUUGAAAGACAUCUGCGUAAACAUUCUGGAGAGAAGCCUUAUUCCUGCUCUGUCUGUGGGAUGAGUUUCUCUCAACGCAGUGGCUUGAAUGUGCACCAGCGAUCACACACUGGAGAGAAGCCUCACCACUGUCCUCACUGCGAGGAGAGUUUCCCAUUCCCAUCGUAUCUUGAAAGACAUCUGCGUAAACAUUCUGGAGAGAAGCCUUAUUCCUGCUCUGACUGUGGGAUGAGUUUCUCUCAACUGAGUGGCUUGAAUGUGCACCAGCGAACACACACUGGAGAGAAGCCUCACCACUGUCCUCAGUGUAAGGAGAGUUUCCCAUUCCCAUCAUAUCUUGAAAGACACAUGCGAAAACAUUCUGGAGAGAAACCGUACUCCUGCUCGGUCUGUGGGAUGAGUUUCUCGCAACUGAGUGGCUUGAACGUGCACCAGCGAACACACACUGGUGAAAAGCCUCACCACUGUCCUCACUGUGAGAAGAGUUUCCCAUUCCCAUCAUAUCUUGAAAUACACCUGCGGAAACAUUCUGGAGAGAAACCGUACUCCUGCUCUGACUGUGGGAAAUGCUUCACAACAUCAAGUCAUCUAACCUCUCAUCGGAUAACUCACACAGGGGAGAAGCCUUACUCCUGCUCUGACUGUGGGAAGAGUUUCCCAUUCCCAUCAUAUCUUGAAAGACACCUGCGGAAACAUUCUGGAGAGAAGCCUUACUGCUGCUCUGACUGCGGGAAAUGCUUCACCACAUCAAGCAAUCUAACACUUCAUCAGAGUGCACACAGGGGAGAAGCCUUACUAAUGAUCUGACGGGUGUGGAAGAAUCUCAUCUGGACAGCCUGAACCUUCGCAAGUAAAACACACAGGAGAAAAACCUCACUCCUGCUUUAACCGUGGGGGAGGAUUUCACCUCACCAAGUCAUCUAACCGUUCAUAAGAGAGUGCACACAGGAAAAAAAGCCUUAUCAAUGUUCUGAAUGUGGGAAGCUUCAAACACCACCAGCGAAUGAGUACAGGAGAGAAGUCGUAGUACUCUUGUCCCGACUGUGAGAAGUGCUUCACCUCAUUGAACACUUAACUGAUUCAUCAUAGCACUAUAUCUGCUACGUCUUUGCUGAUCAAUUACAUUGUGCUGCCCUUUUUAUAGACCUGUGGAAGUCUUUCGAUUGUGUUGACAAGUUUCCUUUAGUACUAAAGAUGCCCCCCCGAGGGUCGAUUUUGGGCCCUGUACUUUUUACUAUCUAUAUAAACACUAUUGGUUUGUAAGAAAUUGUAACCUCCACUUGUAUGUGGACGAUACUGUAGUGUAUUCUGUUCACAAGGCUCAUCCAGAACUACAAUCUGCCUUAUGUUUUGCAGAAAGCCUUUGCUGAACUGAAGUUGGUACUUAAUGCAGGUAACCAGGUGUAUGUUAUUUUCAAAAACACUUAAAUGUAUUUGAUGUUUUAUCCAUAUAUAUAUAUUCAUUGGAUGGUGAGAUUGAUAGUGUCCCUGUUUAUUAUAAUAAUACAUGGGACUUAUUAUAAAUGUCGCUUUUACCAUUGUGGAAACUAAACAGAAAACAAGACAAAUGAAACUAAGGGGGAGGGGCUUAAAGGGAAACGAGUGUGAUGUCAGUGUGGGGGAGGAGUUCUGCAGAGUUCUGAACCGUUUGGAGCAUAUGGAGGGAGCUUGCGUUGAUGCCUGGAGACUAGUGAGUUGCAGUAGUCGAGACGGGAGAUGAUAAAUGCAUGGAUCCGGGUUUCAGCGACAGACGUAGUGGUGGAAAGAGGGUUCAGUCCAGGAUAACACCUGGGUUGAGGCAGAGACAAUGGUAUCAUCAAUGGUUAGGAGAUUGUUAACAUUUGUGUAAAAUGACAUAAGUAUUGAUACAUAUUUGAAUUCAAUCUAUUAAAGAUAUGGAACUGUU